AUGUCUAGUCGACGUCGACGACGCCGGAUUUUGGACGACAGCGACGACGAGAGCACGGCCAAUGACUACCCAGUGGCUCUACUUGAUGCGGCCAGGGAGGAGGACUGGGAUUCGCCAACGAAAAAUAGAAGGACUGUGACCAUCAAGCCGAAGCCGCGCCAGGAUAUUGGGAGGCGCAAGAAACAGCGUGUUGAAGAGGAGGUGGUCAGGGGGAACCGGGAGUUAUCAGAGAUCGUGGAUGAUCCCGUCUCGGGAAACUCGGAGAUCGAACCUGCCCAUUCGGGCAGUCCCGACACUCAGUCCGAGAUAUCCGAACCUGAUUUGGACGCCUUCGUGGACGCAAUAAACGCCCAUGUCGCGGGCUUCUAUCACCUGGAGAGGAAUCUCUUCGUGGUUCAGGGAUGGGAUAUUGAAAGGAAACAGACGACGGACCAUUGGCACCACCUGGAGUACGAGACUUUGGACGGGGAAAUCCUUGUCGCUUGUACUUGCCCCAGUGGCAUGGAGGACGCCUGCGUGCAUCAGGCCUUUUUCAAACAUUUCGAGAUCGAGUCGCUGAUGGAUAUGCGGGAGGAACGGAAUACAGAGUCCCCUGCAGUAUUGUUCCUUCAACGCUCCUUGCCCACAGAGGAGGUGGUCUCAAUGUUCUCGGUCCAGUCAUCUUCAAGCUCUGCACUCAGGGGGCGGGCGAUCGACCACGGCCAGGGUGGUUGUGUUCACGUCAGGCGGGUUCAAGAAAUGGUAGGAGGACUGGGAGAUAUAGUCGAAGGAUCUGGGCGAGAAGGUCGAAGUAUUAAUGAAAUUGCAAGGUCCUUGACCGAGUUAGGGACUGCUAGAUCUGGGACGAUCUCGUACCGCCGCAUACACGUACCUGCAUGGGCAUCCUUACCAAAUGAUCCAGAGUUGUACCCUCGCCCUCUGCCAUUUCGAUCUGUUCCGGAUGGGCCUCUGCGUCUGGACAUGGAUGGGUCCUGUCCCUGUGCUUCUGGAAGGACUAAAUUCAAUCCAAUGGGUCCUAUUGAACUUCGCCAAUGCAGGAUCUAUACCUUUUCCGUUGCGUUGGAACACACUCUCGAGGUCCAACGCUGCCCAACGUGUCCGCCUUCUCGACGCCGCUACAUCGGGCCUGAUCUUCGUGAUCGAGGCCUCUUCAACUACAACAAUUCGAUUUUGGUGUCGCACGAGCUGCUUGACGAGUAUACAAGUGCCUACACUUUGUCUGAAACGCCGUUCUCCGCAUGGGUUCAACACAUGGCGCGACGGUACAGGAAUUCGGGUCAAACCUUUAUGGGGGAAGACCUUUUCCGAGCGAUAUGGUUCAGCUACGUUUCCCUACAGCAGUACGACGACGACAUGAAAUGUGCGCGAUGUGGAGACUUCCCCGAGACCGUCAUUUGGGACGGAAUUACCCUUGCCUUCAGCCGCAAGCAUCUUCGAAGUACACUCAAGCCACCGACAACCCCAUCUGCCGAAUCUCUGGUCCGCGAGCGAAUCCGGUAUCAGCCACACCAGCAUAUCAUUCAAAAUCCCAAGCUGCGACGGACGAUUCGUUUGGUUAUGGAUCCCCCGAGUCUGGACAGCCUAUCUGAUUGGGAGGAAGAAGAACUGUCCAUGACCACCGGUUCGCCUACGAAGGCAAACCGAUUAUGGGAGGCCAAAUUGAUACAGGACCACCUGGAUCGUCUGGACCGCGUGAAGGAAGGGCUUCUCGAAAUUUGCCCAGCCCUGUCAAACCUUUUCGACAAUGUGUUCAGGUUGACUUACGCCCAACGAGAAUCGCCAUCGAGCGUAUGCAAGAACUUCUUCCGACAGAUAUCUGCAGAAGAAUCAGUUUUGCAAUUAGUAAAUGCGCCAUCGAUGGACGCUAUCCGUUCGUUCUUGCAGAAUCCUUGCUCUGAUCGGUUUUCACUAUUGAUCCCCAUCCCCGCGGUCUACCAGCUCUUCAAGGCCUAUGAAGACACCAACGCUUUGGUUCCGGUGCUGAGAUGGAUUCUCGAGCGCGCUGAAGAGGUUCUAAACGGCUUGAAGGUCGAGUCGCCUCUUCCCGAAGGGGUGGUAUCCACUUGA